UGCAUAUUUUCACUGACACACACAACACAUAGGAAGGCUAUCACUGAGGCCUGCCUCCCCCUACACACUCAUACCAAUUGCAGAGAGUGCUUUGUGCAUUCACUGACUGGCUGAAGAGAGAGAGAGACUGGUGGGAGGGGGAAGAUGGAGACAGCAAGACACAGAAAUAUUAGAGAAAGAGAAGCAGACGGAUAGAGAAGAAGAAGUAAGAACUGGGGGACAUUAGAGACACAUCCUAACUGGUGGAAAGAUAGUGAGCAGGGCAGGAAGGAGAAUACAGAAAUAGAAAGGGAGCCGGGGGUUGUCCAGUAGAGAGGAAGCGAGCGAGUUGUUGUUAAAGAGGCUGAGGGGAACUGAUGGGAUGGCAUUGAUCUCUGGGAGCUGCCGACUCCUGGGCCAGAUGGCGUCUUGUUGCUGCAGACCUCUCCUCAACUCCUCCUGUUGCGGACCGCUCAUCAAACUCUGCCUCUCCUCAUUCACAGACAUCUCUCCUGCCGAGCUGGAUGCUCUAUGGAGGGAACCGCCAUAUACUCUUGGUGGAGCUAAUGAACACUUCUCAGGAAAUGACAUCAUGACUCAAGGUGCAGGUGAAGAGGAGGAUGGUGCAGUAGUGGAAUCAGGUGAAGGUGGGGUGGAGCCUGACAGCUACUGGAAGAAGAAGGAGGCCUUCCUUAGAGGAAGCACUGUGUCACUGGGAGACAAAUUCUCCUCAGAAAUUGUGCUGCUGUUCACUGGGCGAAGGCGCUCCAGCGCAGAUCCUGACCGGGCCCUACAGGAGGCGCUACGCACACGACUCCGAGUGGUAGAGAGCAACAGCCAGGAUGUCAUACAGCUCUUUAAAGACUUGUCUGCACGUCUGGUCUCUGUCCACGCUGAGAAGGACAGCUUUGUUCUCACAUUCAAAACUGUGGAGGAAAUCUGGAAGUUUUCAACUUACCUAGCAUUAGGCUAUGUGGCUCGUUGCCUGGAGAACUUCCUAUGUGAUCCGUCAUUCUGGCUGGACCCAGAGCUGCUCAGUGACUUGCAGAUCAGUGUGACAGUGGAUGAGGAGCAUCUAGCCACCCUGUACCUGGGACUCUUACUCCAGGAAGGAUCCUUCUUUGCUAAGGCACUAUUUGCAAGACUCAAGAACGAUGAGGAUGAGGAGCAGCUGUCAUUCCAAAAGAAUGACCUGCUGGUGGUGAGGGACACGGGGCAGGAUGACAUGUGGGAGGGCACCUUGCUUGCUACAGGAAACCACGGCAUGGUGCCAGUCAAUGCCAUGCAGCCCUUGCCAUACCCGUUCUAUCAGUGGUUCCUGAAGAAGUACCCAGUCCAUGCUGGAUGCUCAAAAACAGAAAAGGAACCAUUUGAACAUCCUAUCGUGACUGGCUCCUGUGUGGCAGUAGCUGACUACAGUCCAGUGGGACCAGAUGAGCUCCAGCUCAGCCAAGGUGACACUGUGGAGAUCCAAGGUCUGCUGCUCCGAGGCCUGGAUGUUUUCAUAGGAAGACACCCUUCGACGGGACGCAGUGGCUUCGUUCACAGAGCUCACGUGAAGCCUCUCAACACUACACCCCUAGAUGGACAAUUGGUCUUUCUGACCGAGGAGGAGAAGGCCAGCCUGACUCAGGUUAACCCUUGCAGCUCUGAGCCAAGUGACAGCAGCCUACUGGAAAGGCUUUUCUCAACUGACAUCAGCUCUGUGUACAGGCUAGAUAGACUGGAUGAGACCGACUUUAUGUACAUAAGGAAUCGGCCAAAACAUGAUCUCAAGGACCUCGCAAGCGCUCGUCAAAGCAUCAUGUCAGAGAGAAGUGGAGUCACAUCCACACACCAGUCGUCCCCUCGCCAAUCUCUCUCUCGCUCUCCACAUCUGUCCCUCUCUCACUCUCACAAUCUGCUGCCACGGGAGGGAGAGCGCCUAUCCUUCACUCUGGAUGACACAUUCAGAGAAAUGGACGAGUUUCAGGAAGAUCCACCUCUCUUCUUGGAAGAGAACAGCUGGGAUGGGGAGGAGUCUGAGAGCAGUGACCCUACACUGACUCUACUCAACAAAGAACACUUCCAGGAUGCCUUCUUGCACCUGUAUGACCUGCAGUAUUCCUUCCUGUGGGUGACCUUUAGUGGUAAGACUGAGGAUGAGCUGUCAGGACACCUCGAGAGUGUCAGAGAGUGUGCCAAGAGAAUGGGCAUGCACUGGGCACAUCGGCGCGCAUGCUUUCUCCUGGGGAGACUAUGUGCCAGGAAGCUAAAGCUAUCACAGGCGCGUGUGUACUACGAGGAGGCUCUGAGCGUUUGUGUGGACAGUUUCUCUGACGUUCCGCUCCUCAUUGCUCUCUUCACAAACCUCACUGCCAUUUAUCUGAAGCAACGCAUGACUGAUAAACUGCCCCAGACGCUGGAGAAGGCCAGCGCCCUGCUCCUCUGUCUUCCCUGUCAUUCCUUCACAUCCACGGAUGAAGUUGAACUGCUCAAGCUGCUCCUGAGGAGGUCGGUGGUAAUGGUGGACAAGCACCUGGAAGCUCGUGUCUGCUACCUCAUCUCAAGCCUCUUCCUGCUUCUCAGGAAGACUGAUGACGCUCUUCCUUUUGUCGAGCGACUCCAGUUUCUUUCGCUGACUCUCUCUGCCGCCGACGGGCCACCGAUAGCUCCUUUGGACCUCAGCUGGCUCUUGAGCUGGCUCUAUCACUGUAAAUACAUGCCUUACUUAGCACUUGCCUCGCUGAGCCUUGAUUCAAGACAAGACCAUUCCCUCCACGAUGCUUUCCAGAGGAUUGAGUUGUUUAUCAGGAACUCUGUUCGUUUGAACCCCUGCUGGAAGGAAGGAACCUCACUGCUCCCUGCUCAGAUCGUAGUUUACCUGCAGCAGACUCUGGCCAUAGCUGAGCAGGGGGGUGAUGUGAAAACCCAGAGAGACCUGUGUUUGGGCUUGGCCUCAGUUUACCAGCAGUAUGGUGCUCUUGAUAAAGCGGUGCACUGUGCUCAACAAGCCGUGGAGACAGGAGGCCAUAUCAAUGAGGAGGAAGGAUUUGAGGCAUCUGUGUUGCUUGGGUGGCUGCUGGUGUUGACAGGCCAGGCUGAGAAGGCCCACAGUCUUCUACAACCACUGCUUACAUCACUACAGGGAACAGACAGUCCCACUCAGCGUGGUGUGAUCCAUAACCUAUUGGCUUUGUGUCUGAGGCGUCAGGGUCGCAUCCCAGAGGCAGGCUGGCAUUUCCACUCUGCCUUAGAAAUCUCCAGAGAAAAUGGAAAUCAAAGGAAUCAGGCCCUGGCUCUGGCCAACCUGGGCUGUCUGGCACUGGAUGUGGGGGCAUCUUUGAUUGCAGAAGGCUUCCUAGUCAGAUCCCUGUGCCUUUUUUGGGAGCUCCGGGAAAGCCCGACAGAUGAGGAGCAUGUACAAACCUACCUAUGGCUGGGGCGGAGCUACAAAGACAGGGGGCGGAGUCAAGACAUCAGGGCAUGUUAUGAAAUUGGGUUAUUAAUUGGACUACAUGCCAAAAACUUGCACAGUCAGAUGGUGGUGGCCAAGGUGCUGAGCCGGCUCUAUGCUGACAUGCUGCUUUAUGGUCAGAGUAUCGUCUACUAUGAGCACUGUGUGUCAGUAUCCAGAGCGCUGAAGGACAAGAGACUGGAGGGAGAAUAUCUGGAAAAGCUCAGUAGCCUCUACCUCUCCCUCAACGAUGAGAGGUCGUCUCGCAAAUCUCUUGACUACACCAAGCAGAGCCUGAGAAUUUCUAUUGAUUUGGGAAAGAGAGAGGAAGAGUCGGAGACCUGGCUACAGGUUGGACGCAUCUAUUACCUCGUCUAUGAGGAUGAGCUGGCUGAUAUGUAUUUACAGGCAGCAGUAAAGACAGCCCUAAAGAUGAAUGAUCCUCACUUUGCUAUGAGCAUCUAUGAGGAGGCAGGAGAUGUUUACUUUAAAGGUCACAGGAACCGGAUGGCUUCACUGCCUUUCUACAGGGAUGGUAGUCUGCCAUUUGCACGGAGCAUCAAUGAUGUCCACUCGGAAUUCCGAUUGUUAAGUAAACUCACAGACCUGCUGAUGAAUGAAAGAGAGCAGGAGGAGGCUCUGCAGUAUGCAACACUGGCUGUCCAGAUUGCCAGCAAAACAGGAGUACAAGUGAAUGAGAGGAGCGCCUACCAUCGGCUAGCUACAGUUUAUUACAGCCUGGAGCAGUACGAGAUGGCAGAAAACUACUAUCUCAAGUCGUUGUCACUGUGUCCGCCUGUCCUACAGCACCCUGGGGAGACUCGCUACUACACCAAGGUCUACUGCAGACUGGGAGACCUCACUCUACACAAACUCAAGGAUGCUUUUGAUGCAGUGGGCUACUUCCAGCUGGCUCUGGCAGCAGCACUUGAGGACCAAGCUAACCCCGAGGCUCUCUAUGUGGUGUACAUGAAGCUGGCCGAGAUCCAUGGCAACCACAUGCCCGAUGCUCAGCUGUGCCAAGUUUACAGAGACAGCGCUCAGAGUCUGAAGAGAGUUUUGGCUGGAGUAGAAGGCACUGCUGUUGGACAGGAAAACAAAGAUGAUGCAGAUAGAGAAGCUGCCCAAAAACAGGAAAGGAACUUGGAUGCUGAUAUGGGAUAUGCGAAGUGUUUGGUUAAGACAAACUCAGUUUUUGAUUCUAUACCUGAAGGUGUCGUGAAUGAAGAUGACUCGACUCCAAGAACUCGUAGGAUGCUUGUGAAAUCAGAUGACAGAUGCACAGACACUAAUCUUAAAUUAGAUGCUAAUGGGAAAACUCACCAUUACUAUCUUCCUGACUCAGUGGAUGUGUCUGGCUCUGAGACAGAUACCAUCGCCAGUCAGUCAUAUAGUGACAGUGUUUUGACUGAGUCCUUUGAUACAGCUAAGGAGGACAUAUCAGACUCCAGCAGCUCUACUGACACUUUACAAGCUUACCUAAAGCCCCUUGAACACAACAUUCCCAGUCAAAUACCUGUUAAUCACACAAGUGACAUCACAGGACACACGCAGACCAAAGACGAUGAUUCUUAUACUCAGGAUGACGAUAACACCCUCACUAAUGAGACUCGCGGAUCUCCGGUUCAAACGGAGGCUGGUACUGACCAGAAAGAGCGUGUUGUUAUAAACACUGAUGAAUCUGUAAGCCAGGACAAAGAUUUCAACCACGCAAAGAGAAAUGGAUCUGAGACUGGUGACGCACACGGUGAAAGCACAGACAGCGACACAUAGUUUUUCUCCCCGUGGCACUUUAUGGAUCUCACUGACUUUUCCUUCGUCUGGUCGUGUGUCUCUUGGCAAGAAAACUGAUUGCGACAUUCCAGCCGCAGGGCACAAAACCAAAUGUUGAUAUUGUAAAUGUGAGACAUUUUGCUUAUUUGGAGCAUGUACAUUUUUGUGCAAUGUAAAAUGGGGUUAUUACAGUGCACUGUGCUUAUAAAAUGUAUGUUUUGUACAUUUUUUUUUUAUAUCUCUGGUAGAUAUGACACAAACAUAAAAGGUGUUAUUUUGUUUGACUGUUGAUUUUAUGUGGUUGUCCAUUCAAAUAAGGGAGGAAUAUGUGACCCUGACAUGCAGAGUAAUGCGUGGUUCAAUAAGAAACCGCAACAUAUAUAAAACACAAAUACAUUUACAAGAAAACAGCACAUUUUUAUAUUUUUUUAAUAGCUACUGCUCUAAUGUUUGCCAGUAUUGAUGAUUCUUUGUGGUUGCCGUAGGUGUGGAUUUCUGGGGGACCACAGAGGACUCCAAAAAAAAUCAUUCAAAAACACAGAUACGUGUGGCAUGUUGCACAUGUGCAGAAAGUUUUGACUAUAAGCAGAACUAUGUCUGAGCUUUUAAAAUCUAGGGUUAUAUAGAUUCAUCUACGAGCAGGUGACAUGUGCACAUUUCAGCAACUUACUUCCCCAAAUGGAAGCCAACAGCCAGCCAAUAGCAGAAAUCUGUUACAGGUUCUCACAUCUGAAACCAGGCAAACAGAAGAGGAAAUGAUAUGAGCACAUGUAUUUGAAAGGGGUCCAGAAUGCUCAGGAGCUUCCCUUCAGUGUGUAUGUAGAGGUGUGUGUGUGUGUCUAUACACAAACACACACAGAUCAAGCGUAACAUUAUGACCAACUGCCUGACCUGACCUGUCAAGGCAUGGACUCCACUAGACCCCUGAAGGUGUGCUGUGGUAUCUGGCACCAAGAUGUUAAUAACAGAUUCUAUAAGUCAUGUAAGUUGCGAAGUGGGGCCUCCAUGGAUCGGACUUGUCCAUCCCACAGAUGCUCAGCUGGAUUGAAAUCUAGAGGCCUUGUCAGCACCUCAAACUGAGCCAUUUUUGCUUUGUGGCAGGGUGCGUUUCCAUGAAAGGGUGUACACGAUCCGCAGCAAUGCUCAUGUGCCCAUUGUUGGCGCUUUCAGCGGGUGACAGGUCAGCAUGAGUGCCCUGACUGCAUUAACUCUUUUGGCAAUUUGAGCUACAGCAGCUCAUCUGUUGGAUUGGACCACACGGGCCAGCCUUCGCUCCCCACCUGCAUCAGUGAGCCUUGGCUGCCUGUGACCCUGUCUCUGGUUCAACACUGUUCCUUCCUUCAAAUCCUUACGCUUGCCUAUUUUUCCUGCUUCUAACACAUCAACUUUAAGGACAAAGUGUUUACUUGCUCCCUAAUACAUCCCACUCACUAACGGGUGCCACAGUGAAGAGAUUAUCAGUGUCAUUCACUUCACCAGUCAGUGCUCAUAAUGUUAUGCUUGAUCGGCGUGUCUGGUUUUUUUUUUUGGUUUUUUUUAUUGUUUCUUUGUUUAUUAAUUUUGUGUUCUUAAUUAAACGUAUGUCUAUUCUGUAUAUUUGUAUAAUGGAAAAUCCAAAAGUCGCAAUGAAAGAGAAAACAGGA